AGCUAGCCGGAGCCCCGGGCUAGUGCGGCGGGCAGGAGUCGGGUUGAGGAAAGCUGCGCGGGAGGCGCGUACCCCAGCUCAGCUGCCGCAGCCGCCGCCGCCUUCUGCGACUCGAGCACUCCGCUUCCUUCCCUCCCCUCCCUCGCGCUCCGGCCUGGGGUCUUGGGGCGGGGAGUGGAGGGAAGGGACGAAGGAGGAGGAGGUUUCGGAGAGUGAGGGGCGGAGGGGGUUCCCGGCGCGGGGCGAAGCGCGCGCAGCCUCUUGCUCUCCCGCUGCUGCUUUUGACUCUUCUCCCGGUGCCGCGGCUCCGGGGCGCCCGCACUAUGCAGGCGGAUGGCGAGCCGGGCGAUGGUGAGAGCCGGGCAUAGCCCUCUUCUUUUCCUAGUCCGGGCCGCGGCCGCCGCCCCCGCCCGGGCCGCGCUCCCCCUCUCCCGCUCCUACCCCCUCCCUCCCCGGUCCAACUCCUCCUCCUUCCCCAUGCCUCUUUUCCUCCUCCUCUUACUUAUCCUGCUCCUGCUCCUCGAGGACGCCGGAGCCCAGCAAGGUGAUGGAUGUGGACAUACUGUACUAGGCCCUGAAAGUGGAACCCUUACAUCCAUAAACUACCCACACACCUAUCCUAACAGCACCGUUUGCGAAUGGGAGAUCCGUGUAAAGAUGGGAGAGAGAGUGCGCAUCAAAUUUGGUGACUUUGACAUUGAAGAUUCUCAUUCUUGUCACUUUAAUUACGUGAGAAUUUAUAACGGAAUUGGAGUUAGCAGAACUGAAAUAGGCAAAUACUGUGGUCUGGGAUUGCAAAUGAAUGAUUCGAUUGAGUCAAAAAGCAAUGAAAUUACAGUGCUGUUCAUGAGUGGAAUUCAUGUUUCUGGACGAGGAUUCUUGGCCUCAUACUCGGUUAUAGAUAAGCAAGAUCUAAUUACUUGUUUAGACACUGCAUCCAGUUUUUUGGAACCCGAGUUCAGCAAGUACUGCCCAGCUGGUUGUCUGCUUCCUUUCGGUGAGAUAUCUGGAACAAUCCCUCAUGGAUACAGAGAUUCCUCGCCAUUGUGCAUGGCUGGUGUGCAUGCAGGCGUAGUGUCAAACAUUUUGGGUGGCCAGAUCAGUGUUGUAAUUAGCAAAGGCAUCCCGUACUAUGAAAGUUCUUUGGCUAACAACGUCACGUCUGUGGUGGGACACUUAUCUACAAGUCUUUUUACAUUUAAGACAAGUGGUUGUUAUGGAACACUAGGCAUGGAAUCUGGCGUAAUUGCCGAUGCUCAGAUAACAGCAUCAUCUGUGCUGGAGUGGACAGACCACACAGGGCAGGAAAACAGCUGGAAACCUGAAAAGGCCAGACUCAAAAAACCUGGACCUCCUUGGGCUGCUUUUGCCACUGAUGAAUACCAGUGGUUACAAAUAGACCUCAAUAAGGAAAAGAAGAUUACAGGCAUUGUAACCACUGGCUCCACAAUGGUGGAGCAUAAUUACUACGUGUCGGCCUACAGAGUUCUGUACAGUGAUGAUGGGCAGAGAUGGACUGUGUACAGAGAGCCUGGUGUGGAGCAGGAUAAGAUAUUUCAAGGAAACAAAGAUUAUCAUCAAGAUGUGCGUAAUAACUUUUUGCCACCAAUUAUUGCACGUUUUAUUAGAGUGAAUCCUACCCAAUGGCAGCAGAAAAUUGCCAUGAAAAUGGAACUGCUUGGAUGUCAGUUUAUUCCUAAAGGUCGUUCUCCAAAACUUACUCAACCUCCACCUCCUCGGAGCAACAAAGACCUCAAAAACACUACAGCCCUUCCAAAAAUAGCCAAAGGUCAUGCCCCCAAAUUUACUCAACCACUACAACCUCGAAGUAGCAAUGAAUUUCCUGUACACACAGAGCAAACAACUGCCACUCCUGAAAUCAAAAAUACUACUAUAACGCCAAACGUAACCAAAGACGUAGCCUUGGCCGCGGUGCUUGUCCCUGUGCUGGUCAUGGUCCUCACCACUCUCAUCCUCAUACUGGUGUGUGCUUGGCACUGGAGAAACAGGAAGAAAAAAACUGAAGGCACAUAUGACUUACCUUAUUGGGACCGAGCAGGCUGGUGGAAAGGAAUGAAGCAGUUUCUCCCUGCCAGAUCAGUGGAGCAUGAGGAAACCCCAGUCCGCUACAGCAGUAGUGAAGUGAAUCACUUGAGUCCAAGGGAAGUCACCACAGUGCUGCAGACGGACUCUGCAGAGUAUGCACAGCCACUUGUGGGAGGAAUUGUUGGCACACUCCAUCAGAGAUCCACCUUUAAACCAGAAGAAGGAAAAGAAGCCGGGUAUGCUGACCUAGAUCCUUACAGCUCUCCUGUGCAAGAAGUUUAUCAUGCCUAUGCUGAACCACUCCCAAUCACUGGGCCUGAGUAUGCCACCCCAAUCGUCAUGGAUAUGUCUGGGCACCCCACAGGUUCACUUGGUCUGCCCUCAACGUCCACUUUCAAAGCCACAGGGAACCAGCCUCCUGCUUUAGUGGGAACAUACAACACUCUUCUCUCCAGGACUGAUAGCUGCUCUUCAGCCCGGGCCCAGUAUGAUACCCCAAAAGGUGGGAAGCCAGGCCCAAGUGCCCCCGACGAAUUGGUGUACCAGGUACCACAGAGCACACAGGAGGUGGCAGGAGCGGGGAGGGAUGGUGAAUGUGAUGUCUUUAAGGAAAUCCUUUGAAGGUGAUGCUGCUUUUUACAAAGCAUCAUUUUAAAGCACAUGGCCUUUUUUAUUGUGUUAGUGGUAGUAAUAUAUAGAACGUGUUACAUGAUCUGUCACGGAUGUGCUUGGGGGAAGCGUGAGGACCGAGGUACAGGAAGCUACUCAUCUUGCUUUAAAAGUGUCAUCAUGGCACAGUUACCACUUGCUUGUUAAAUUUCAAACUUCCUGUUUGUUACUACUGUAAAACAUGAUUUUAAUACAGAAAAAGCUCCCUACUAUGCACUUCAAGAGAAUUAAAAAUCACUGAGUAUUUAUUACCAAUGCUGCAGGUACAUUAUGAACUCAAGAUGGCUCUGUAAGCCUUUCUGGCAAUAAGCAUGGUACUCUUCGUAAAAUGUCUAAUGGCUUGAAAUUCUGCUCUUUGUGAAAGGUGGGUACUAUCAUGAUUUCUUCUUCUCUUCCCAUAUUGCAUUCUGGAUUAAAAAAUCAGCAAUACAAUCAUUGUUUUGAUUACAGUCGUA